AUGUCAACGCAAUCGCAGAGCAAUGCGGAAAGAGUGUAGCAAACGUCAAAUUCGUGCUUACAGUAUGUAUCCCGCUCGCACUUUUUAACAGUAAACGCAUUUGUCAUCCAUGACACAGAAACGUCAGCCAAACGUCAAAGCUAACGGCAGUAUACAUAGAAAAGUUUUUUGCAGUCGUCCUGAAUUUUUCACGCACAAAACGAAAAGUGUAACGCAAUCGCUACAAUAUAAUAUUUAAACAGAAAAAGGAGAAAAUGUUAUACUACGUUUAACAAAUAACUGGAAAUUCAAAAUAUGAUUGUUAUCUAAUCGUGAACGUAGGGCCAAAGCCUUAAACUUGAUAAAUUGAUGGAAUGUCUAUGUGUAUGACAAUAUAGCAAAUCGGACAACAAUUUAAUUAGGCCGGAUAAGAUUUAUGUUGCGGCUCACAUUAACGCUUCAAGUGCUGCAUUAUGGCGAGACUAACUUGGGCCCGGAGUCGCCUUUGCUUUAGUGUUCUAUUGGUGUUCAUAUGUUGGGCACCUGACGUCGAUCUAGUUGCUGGCGAAACUAUUAAUUACAAUCUAGUGCACUCAUGGGCGGACAGACUAGGCUUGGAACUAUUUUCCCUGGGCGAUUUCAUCACCAGACGCAAGGAAUUACUAGAAAACUUUAAACAAGAAGGAGCAAAAGUAGUUCCACGACAGGGAGGCGCAAUUGUCGAAUCAAUGGCCAAAGAAGUAGAAAUGAUGAUGGAUCUUAAAGUCAGCGCAGUGCGACGUAUUAUGGAUACCGCAGAGAACACCGCCUUGUCACAUCAAAACGAUUUGGCGGACAAAAUGUUCUCAUACUACAAUGCCAAAGAGAUGGCGGAGCCCGGCGAACCGACGCCACCACCUCCAACAACUCCACCGGAUAUGGAUGACCAGAUUGGUGAACCACUCAUCUAUGUGCCGCCCAAGGUGUUGGUUCUGGAGCCAAGACCAGAAUUUCACAACACAUCGGUCAACUUCAGCGUCAGUUCAGUCCACGUGCCUGUGAAUGUGUUUGAUCGAGCAUCGGAUGUUAUAAAAGCGAUUCAAUGGUCGGAGAAUUUGGAUCAAAUCUUUCGUGAUAAUUAUAAAAACGAUCCCAGUUUGUCGUGGCAAUUUUUUGGCAGUUCAACAGGCUUUAUGCGUCAAUUCCCAGCAUCGAAAUGGAAGAAGGAUGUUCCGGUCGAUCUAUAUGAUUGCCGAUUUCGCUCUUGGUACAUGGAGGCGGCGACAAGCCCAAAGGAUAUUAUUAUCCUAUUGGAUAAAUCUGGCUCAAUGUUGGGACAGAGGCUAGAUAUCGCAAAGCAUGUUGUCAAUACAAUACUCGACACGUUGGGUACAAAUGACUUUGUGAACAUCUUGACCUUUGAUAAUAAAGUCACCCCGCUUGUCCACUGUUUCGACGAUCAGCUAAUUCAAGCAAAUCUGGGCAACAUCCGUGAACUAAAAGAAAAGAUUGAAACGAUUAAACCCCAAUCGAUUGCCAAUUAUACCGCCGCACUUACUUAUGCAUUUGAAAUAUUCGAAACUGCGAGACUUAAUUCGCGCGGAGCACUUUGCAACCAGGCCAUAAUGAUUGUUGGCGAUGGAGCUCCGGAGACUAAUGAAGAAGUUUUCCGGUUUUACAAUUGGCGUGAUCCGCCUUAUAGGCCGGUGCGCGUGUUCACCUAUUUAAUUGGUAAAGAGGUGGCAAAUUGGGAUGAUAUACGGUGGAUGGCAUGCGAGAAUCAGGGCUAUUAUGUGCACCUCAGUGAUACUGCAGAGGUGCGUGAAAUGGUCUUAAACUAUAUACCGGUAAUGGCUAGACCUCUGGUAUUGGGUAGGCACGAUCAUCCGGUUAUAUGGACGCAAGUUUAUGCCGACCUUGAGGAUACCAAGCUGUCCGAUCAUUUGUGGGAGUUGAAACAGUGCGAGGAACAAAAAGAAGAUGUCCUUGAAUACAGACGAGUUCAGGACGCGAUGCUGGAACCCAGCCAAAUGCGUCAGCGAGCGUAUCAACGGACAAAGGAGACGUGGGACCAACCAGUUGACUCGGAUGUUUAUCAAUUCAUGACAACCGUAUCAAUGCCAAUUUACGAUCGACGUGAGAAUGCGCUCAUUAAUCUAACGACCGAUAUAAAUCCGGCUGCCAAGCAAAAUACCAUAGUUACAAGAAUCGCAAACAUUUUGGGCGUGGCUGGAACCGAUGUACCAAUAACUGAAAUCAAGAAGUUGCUGUCGCCUUAUAUGCUUGGCGUCAAUGGCUAUGCGUUUAUAGUAACCAAUAAUGGUUAUGUACUAUUCCAUCCAGAUUUUCGUCCUAUUUUCCAAGGAUAUAUCUUAAAACCCGCUUACAAUAGUGUAGACAUGAUUGAAGUCGAGCUGCUGGACGAUGAUAGAAUCGCCAGAGACUUUAACCCAGUGCUAAUGACGAUACGCGAUUCGAUAAUCAAUCAGUCAACUGGAAGCAAAUGGAUGUUAGUCAAGAAUCAUUUCGAUGAAAUGAAAAGAGUGAUUCGUGUCAAGCGGCAAUAUUACUGGACUGCCAUUAAGAAUACGCCAUUUACACUGGUAAUCACAUAUCCAGAGAAGUAUGGAGUGAAUCGAGUGGAGCCACCAAUCGAACAAGAUAUCCACCGCACUCACAUUUCGGGUGGCAAAACAAUACGCAGCUUCUUUGAUGGCAAGCGAUGGAAAAUCCAUCCCGAUUGGCUUUAUUGCAAGCAAACCAACAAGACAUUCCGAACACCCGAAACAGAGCUACUUUAUUUUGUGGAUCGUAUGUCUGAGCCUGGUUGGCACUGGCCAUCGAGUCGAAGCGCAAUGCCCCCGGAACAUGCCGCGGCCAUAUACUCUAACAACUCAUCAACUGGCCGAUAUUCAUCAAUCAAUGAAAAAGAAAGAUACUAUUGUGAUCGCCAACUAAUGCAAUCUCUUGUCUUUGAUGCCCGUGUCACGAAGGGAUUCUUCGACAAAUCCAAUUAUGAUGAAAAGAGCGUUAGCGCAUCAAGCCCAAUAGCCGUAUUAAUGGGUUUGCUGCCAAGACACGAAUUCAAACAACGAUUUGGCAUUAACGUUGUUUUUUUGGCCACACAAAGUGGUCUAACACGUUGGCAUGAGAUCCACACGAAUGCAGCAGAGCAGCCAGGUGCUGGUGAUAGCUUCAGUCAGCAACAUAAACGAGCAAUCGAUGAGAUUUGGUACAAGCGAGCUGUCGAUCAAUAUUUUGUUCAUCAAGAGAGUUUUGUCUACUCUGUGCCUUUCGAUGCCGCCGAGAGUGGCUCGGAAAUUAUCGUAACUGCCAGCAAUGCCAUAUUUUAUAAUGAGAGUUCCAAAUCGGCUCCAGUUGCAGUCGUCGGUUUCCAAUUUCAAUACUCUGCCUUUUACAAGCUCUUCCACAAUAUAACCGGCAAUGCCUGUUCCAUAGAUGAUAAGGAUUGUUACAUAUUGGAUAACAAUGGCUUUAUAGUCAUGUCAACACAAAAACAUGAAACUGGGCGAUUCUUUGGCGAAAUCAAUGGAGCUAUUAUGAAGCGCUUAGUAGAGGAAAAGGUUUACAAACGUGUUAUUGUCUAUGACUAUCAGGCAGUAUGUUUUGAGUUGCCAAAACCCAAUGACAACAAUGCCUCAAAUAUGGUACUUUCGCCUCUAUUCAAUCUGUUGCGUAUGAGCAAAUGGCUGCUGCAUUCGGCGCUGUGGUAUAUUGUUCAACUACUGCAAUUGGCGCCCGGUGUUAUAGCCAAUUUUGAUAACUCGUUUUUGAAUUUAAGUCUCCCAGAAACAAAACAAGACCCAGCCGAAGAGAACCUCAACUCGAAGAACGGUUGGUUAAAGUAUUUAACAUUGCAUCGCACUCGCCUCAAAGCGUGUGACAUGCAACGCAACUUAUACACAUUAUACAAUGAGAAGGAUAACGUUGUCUACAAUAUGACAGCGCACGCAUGCGAGCGGCCAUUUGUAGUGUUGCCAAUACCUAACAGUAAUCUAGUGCUGUUGGUCAUCGAUCAGCUUUGUCCUCGAGAUGUCUCAUUGGUUCUCACUGUGAAUCCCCAAACGAUGAAUUAUCCAUACGAGACUAAUGAGUCAUCGUGUUAUAAAAAUGUUCACGAAUUCCAUCGAGUUCGUCCUGCGAGCUGCAUUAAUCGCCAUAUAAAUGAAAGCAGCAUCAAGUUGUGCGGCAAGGGCUCCAGAAUCUAUUUGAAUCUCAUCCUAUUGCUAAUUGGCCUUAUACUGAAUCGCCUGUUUAACGUUGGUUGCAUUUUUAAUAUAAAUAAUUAAUUAUUAUUCACUAUUAAUACUCCUACAUACAUAUAGUGAUGUUUUUUUUUUUUUUUAAUUACUACA